ACGUGUCAUCGUUAUCCUCCGGCAGGCGAAAAGGGCCGCAGCGGCGAAGCGACGUACGUCUUGGCUUGGCCUUCCGGCGGCAGUGGUGGGGGCAGCAGCGGACGUCUUUCGCCGGAUUCGACAUUCGCGUUCUUCUCGUGCGGAGAUGUCAGUGCGCUGUGGCGGCGGCCGCUUUCCGUGUGACAGGUACUGAGGAUGCACGCGCGCUGGGAUUUUCCUGAAACAGAGCGGCGAUGAUUUGUCCCAUCCAAACAAGGUAAGGGUGGGUGAUGCCCGGCUGGUACAGCUCAGGCACCCUCUACAAGGGGUUGUUCUUCCUGGUGCUCAUCCUCCUCGCCCUCGAAUACCUCUUCGGAUCGAUCACCGAGACCAAGCACUUCUUCGUCUUCAACGCGACCAGGUUGCCUCACGCGGAACGCUUGAUCCAGCACAGCCCCCUCGUCUCUAGCUUUCGCCUCAAACCCAAAGCGAUGGUCACAAACUCCACUAAGUCCUCGUUCGUCCUCAACAUCACCGAAGUCCCGUCGAACAACUCGUCGGAGUCCCUCUUGGAGGCCAGUCCCGACACGGAAUCCACCAAGAACGUCAACACCACGGUCGUGCCGCUGUGUCCCGACGUGUCAUCCAACUUACGCGGCCGAAUCGAAGUCCUCAAGACUCCAGUCCCCACCGUGCUCGAGCUCGAGAAGCGCUUCUCCUGGUUGAAAAUCGGCGGGCAUUGGGCACCCGAGACCUGCAGAGUCCCGAAGAGCGUCGCCCUCAUCAUCCCCUUUCGGUGUCGCGGGGAACACUUGCUGCUGUUCCUGCAGCACAUGCACCCGUUUCUGAAGCGGCAGCAACUCGACUACACCAUCUACAUCGUGGAGCAGGACGGCGACGGGCCGUUCAACCGCGCCAUGCUCAUGAACGUGGGUUUCAAGGAGGCGCUCAAGAUCCGGAGUUACGACUGCUUCAUUUUCCACGACAUCGAUCUCCUGCCCGAGGACGACCGCAACUUGUACACGUGUCCGCCUGGGCAGCCGCGGCACAUGAGCGUCGCCGUGGAUAUCUUCAAGUAUAGGUUGCCGUAUCCGGCGAUCUUCGGGGGAGUGUCGGCCAUAAACCGGGAGCACUUCGAGGUAUUGAACGGGUUCUCGAACUCGUUCUGGGGCUGGGGCGGCGAGGACGACGACAUGUCGAAUAGAAUAAGAUAUCACAACUUGUAUAUUUCACGGUAUCCAUUGACAAUAGCGCGAUAUACGAUGCUGACGCACAAGAAAGACAAGCCGAGUCCGAAUAGGUACGACGUGCUGAAGCAGGGGCCGAAGCGGUUCGAUAAAGACGGACUCAACAGUUUAGAGUAUAGGAUAAUCCGGAGUAAGCGGAAUUUGUUGUACACUUGGUUCUUGGUGGGGCUGGAUGCGCCCAGGUGAUGAAGCUACCUGUCCUUUUUGCGUUGGUUCGGUUGAGUUGGCGUUUGGUGUACUUAGAUGUUCCUUUACUGUAUAGUUACGCAGAUUUAUUUAUUUAUGGUUUUUCGCGAGACGACACAUCGAGAGACUCGUCUGAUAAUAUUAAAGUGAUAAUAGCAUAAUUAAAUUUUAACAUUCCACCCGUCGUUCGACCGAGUCGAGGAAUUUUAAUUCUCUCUAGUCACAUUCCAUCGAUAUUCCAGGUAUUCAUAUUUUUCGCCGCUUAAAUAUAAGACCGCGUUUAUUUAUUCAAGUACGAACCGAAGCGCAUUGAGUCUUCCACGGAAUUUUGUCUUUGAUCUGUUCACGUCUUAUAUUUAAGCAGUUGGGUGGUGAUUUUAAAGUAGAAUUUAUAAAGAGUCGAAAUAACGACAACUAUAAAAGCCCUUUAUAUAAAAUAAAACAAACAUGAAUAAUCUAACGAGUGAGAUUUUUAGAAGAUAGAGUAGGUGCCAAAAGUACCAAUUAUCCUAUUUUCGCGAAUCUCGUUACUUAAGUUUAGGCCUACCUAUCUGAUUUAUCGUUAUUGAGAUUUUGUGGCUGUGAAUCCCUCCUGUUCUUUUCAAACUUUGCAAUCUAUUGUGUAGCGCGGAAGGUGUUUUGUUCCACUUUCGACUCAACUCACAAUAUUGGAAACACCUUUCGUUCGUCUGGACUAGAAUAAGUCAUAUCCUGUAGGAAUACAUACGUAACUACCCGCUUCGAAAGUUCGACUUUAAAUGUUCUCCUAUGGACCGUAUUUUAUGAUACGCAAGUUGAGGUUCUCAGAUACUUAUAAUGAUAUUAAUUCGACAGAACUAGUGUUAAUUAAGGUCAUAGUUGAUUUCUUUCCGCGAAGUCAACUGGCGCAGUCGUAAACGGAUUUGCGCCGGUUCGUUCGGUCAGAGUUCGCGUUACACUGCCGAGCGAAUAAAUUGAAAAACCGCUUGUUUCCAAUCUAAAACUUUGUUUCAACUCUUUUCUCAUUACUCACUUCUUUUUGUCAAUUGAAAACGAGAAUAUAUUUUGACUGUAUGUAUAUAUUUUUAUGUAUAGGUAAAACCAAUGUGAUAUAAAAUAAAAGAUUUUUAUUAA